AUGGAGCAUCAAGGAGAAGAGAUAGAAAAUAAGGAAGUCAUCAUCCGGGAACUGGAGGAUUCUAUCCGCGUAGUCUUGGGAAACUUGGACAAUCUGCAGCCCUUUGCUACAGAACACUUCAUUGUAUUUCCCUAUAAAAGCAAAUGGGAGAGAGUUUCCCACCUGAAAUUCAAACAUGGGGAAAUCGUCUUGAUCCCCUACCCAUUUGUUUUCACUCUAUAUGUGGAGAUGAAAUGGUUUCAUGAAAACAUGUCACCCGGGAAACCAGUAAAUGACAGUCCUGGUGGGUUGAUUUCUGAGACCAAGACCAAGAUGGGGACUUCUAGCGAAGACUCCAGCAAAAAGAAGCCUGCUAUGGAAACCAGGAGGAACAGAGAAAGAAAAACCCAGCAGGAGUGGCAGGAGACCCUGGUCUCUGAUAUUACUGAUGUCCAAGAACAGGAUUCUAAGUUGGGGGACAGCCUGGCAGGGCCAAUUCUCCCACCAUUGGAGCAAAACAAUCCAUCUCCUCCUGAAGAACCAGGAGCCAGUGGCUUCUUUGGGUUUCUAAGCUCUCUCUUCCCAUUUCGAUAUUUUUUCGGGAAGAACAACCACUAGUGAGCCUUUCAAACGCAGCAGUGGAAAGAGGAUCAUCUCUUGGAGUGAAUCCUUCCAAGCCGUUCUCGUCCUCCAUCUCUAUCCUUAGGACACUUCAGCCAUGGGAAAUGAGGGUACCAAACUGAAGGCUUAUCCUGUCCUUUGCCCCUUCAUAACUAAAUUUGUUUUCCAAUUCAAAACAUUAAGAAAAGAAUGGAACUUUCUAAAAUGCUAUGGCCCUGAGGGCCAGUUUAGGCCUUUUGUC